GGCAAUGUUUUGUUCUCUGUAUUUUCGCAACUAGUGUCACUUGGGAAGGAGCUUGGCUUUUCUCUUUCUUGCAGUGCGUUUGUACAGAAUAGGUCAUUAUGAUAGAGCAUCUCUUUGGCUGAGGGCAGUUACAAUACAGCCAUAGCUCGUGGCCCUCAGCACAACACCGACCGUGCAAGCGAGUCAAUUUUUCGUAGCAGUGCGCCGCGCUGUGUGUGUAGUAUUGUUGUCUCGAGUAGCUGAGCCUCGCUGCCUCCUGCGACCCUCGACUUGGCUCAAACGGAAGCUGGCGUCAGCGUUUUAGUGUUGAUUGGUCGCAAUGGCCGGUCGGAGGAUGAAGGCAGACGAGGUGAAAGCCUGGCUCAUGCUGCAGGGCCUGGUCAUUGAAGAGAAUACGGAGCACAAUCUUCACGAGCUGCUCAGGGAUGGCCUGGUGCUCUGCCAGCUAGCAAACCGCCUGAAGCCGAGAAGCGCUGCAGCGCUGAACUACAACAUAGAGAAUCGUCCAGCGUGGAACGAUAACGUGGCCACGUUCCUCGAGGCAUGUGACAAGAUCGGCGUGCAAAAGUUUGCGCCGGAAGACUUGAUCGAAGAUCGCGACAUGGAUGCAGUGCUGUCUACGAUGUCCGAGCUCGCACGCAAGGCAACAAGUAUGGGCAUGGGACCGAAGACAUCUGAUUCUUCGUCAUCCUCACCGGCCGGCCCACCCCCGGCAGCAGCUCCACUGGGUACAGGCAGUAAAGCUGCUGCACCGGCCAUGCCAGGCCUGGAGGCUGCUCCUGUCAUGGACAAGCCGUACGCAGAGAAGCCCAUCUCCUUGCUGCGUAGAAGCAUACAGAGUCUCCCACCAAAGGAUGUAUCCGGUAGUGUUGUGUCGUCGGGUCAGUUGUCCGAGCUAGCUCUCGAAGCUGGCAUGAGGAACCGCCAGACAACGAGUACAGCCUCUGAUCGGCCCGCAAUCAGCCGAUGCAAGGCUGCAUACAGUUACCGAGGCUCCAGUAUAGACGAGCUGCAAUUUCACAUUGGAGAUGUCAUUGAAGUGACCCAGAAAAUGGAAGGUGGCUGGUGGGAAGGCAGAGUGGACGACAAACUCGGUUGGUUUCCCUGUGCUUACACCAAGGAAAUGGAUAAAGAUGGUAACGUGAUUGAAGGUACGCCAUCUUACACCGAGUCGUUAGGAGAGCUGUCCACAAUGACCGUGCCGCCAAGUGAGCCAGCCUCGUAUCACAGUAUGGUCUUGCAGAAUGCUAUCAAUGUGGAGGAAGCGCAUGUCAAUGAGCUACAGGCAUUCGUGGAGAAAUACUUGCAAGCGCUAAGAUCAACAAAUAU